CGAGGUGCAAGAACAAGAACAAUACCCUACGGCUUCCAUUAAUCACAAUUCGCAGCUAAGCAAGAGAAGAAUCAGAAUCCCCAAUUCCGUUUGAAAAUUCGAAAUCGAGAAUCAACAAUGGAAGUCGAAGGAUCAUCGAAGAAGAUGAUAGCUACACAAGAGGAAAUGGUGGAAUCUAGGGUUCCGUUAGCGUACAGAGAUCAGUGUGCGCAUUUGCUGAUCCCUCUCAACAAGUGCAGACAAUCCGAAUUCUAUCUCCCAUGGAAGUGCGAGAACGAACGUCACUCUUACGAGAAGUGCGAGUACGAACUCGUCAUGGAGAGAAUGCUUCAGAUGCAAAAGAUCCGCGAAAAAGCGAAACAGAAUGAUAAACAAACUCUCACACAGGGCGCUAUUCCUCUCAUUCCGAAACCUGCUAAUGCUUGAUUCGUAUCUCUCUCCCGCUCUCUGUUUCAACUUUUGACAAGAACCUUUGCUUGCGUGGGAUGAUGUUGUUUCAUGUUUUUUCUAUUUUAUGGAUUCAAAGUUGCCUUGGAAUGUUUGUCCAGAGAUGUCUACAGACUGAUUAUUAUACUCUAUUUCUUGCUAUUUUCCCUGUGGUGAGACCAUGUUUGUACUUGAAGAAAUAAAAUUUCAUAAAGGGAAUCACUAACUGAUUGCUUUCA